AUGUUAUUAGAUGUUGAAGGAGUUGAUUAUGGUGCCGCUUGUACAGGUUCUGGGACUGGAGAUUGCACAGACAAAACUAAUACAAUGUGUGAAACCACCUGUAAAUGUACAGCCGGUUCUUUCCGAAAAGGUGGAACAGAAUGUGCAACAAGACUUGCAUUAAAAGCAACCUGUGUUAUCACAGAGACUUCCCCAGAUCAAUGUGUAGCCGAUACGGAAUGCAAGGAUGAUGGUAAUGGUGCUAAGAAAUGUUUGUGCAAAGCCAGCCACUAUGAAUCGUCGUCAGCUUGCAAGCCGAGAAUUGUUCCAGGUGUCAGCUGUGCUGCAGGUCAGUGUGUCACCCAUGCAACUUGUAACACUACUUCGAAUAAAUGUAAAUGUGAUGCAAGUUUUACUGCGACACCUACCACGUGUAGUGGUGUUAUUAAAGUCGCAACUCUGUCGUACGUGUUGGUGGUACCUAUUUUUGACCUCACAGCUCGGUUCGUUGGCAUCUGUCUUGUGUUUGUUGUUUAUAUUGCAGCAGGUGUUGAAGGAGCGGCUUACGGUGAAGAUUGUUCAAGUGCAGCCUGUGAUGACACAAAUAAUAUAUGUGAUACUGGUAAAACUGAUCUCUGCAUAUGUAAUACAGGGUUUUUCCGAAAAACUUCUGCUGCAGAGUGUGCCGCACGGGUUGCAUUAAAUCAAAAUUGCGAAGCCGCACAGACUUCCUCAGAUCAAUGUAGUAUAGCCCUAUCUGAAUGUAGAGAUGAUUCAGGAACUGAUAAAUGUCUCUGUGAAACUACUUACUAUGAAGAUGGAGGCGCAUGCGUACUUCAAAAAGCGCUUAACUCAGCAUGUACCAAUGGACUACCGGCUGGUCAGUGUAAAGACACUCUUGCAGAAUGCAAAGAUAAUAGCGGAUUUAAAUGCUUAUGUAAAACCGGUAACUUUGAAAAAAAAGACGGAACAUGUGCUAAACAGAUUGCUGCCUUGAAUGACACAUGCGUCGUCUCGGAACCUGCUCCAGAUCAAUGUGCUGUAGACAACGCGGAAUGUAGAACUGAUGGAACUGCUAAAUGUCAAUGUAAAGUCACCCAUUAUGUGAAUGUAGCAGCUUGUACAAUCAGAAAAAGUCCAAAAGUCAGUUGUGGGUCAGGUGAAUGUGUAGCCCAUGCUUCCUGUGACACUGAUACUAGUAAAUGUGUUUGUGAUGCCGGUUACGAUCCAUCACCAACAAUCAGUCCUACCAUGUGUAGUGGUGUUGUCAAAAUCAUAACUCAGCCAUACAUGUACCUGGUACCCAGCCUUGUAUCAAUGCUGUUGCUUCUACGUUGAAUGUCUUGUUUUUCGAUAUUUGAUGAGACUUUAUAAUGUUCAUCUUUGAAAGUUUUAUGGAUUAUUUUUUCAAUUUAGAAAGCGAAGUUUUGACUUUCUGACAAUUUAAACCGCGUUUGCAAAUUCUCGGUAAAGGUUAAUACAUAAUGUUUAACUUGGUGAAACAUUCAAAUAAUUAUUCAUACUCGACUAAUUUACAUGCCGUAUGUGAAUGAAGGUUGUUAUAGCAAUACAACUUGAUGUACAUACGACUACGUAAUAAACAUAUUUAAAACGUUAUUUUACCUUUUUUAUGCGUUCAUUAAUUAAAAAGGGUUAACAUUCAUAGUAGAAAUAAACAUCAGAAAUAUAUCAUAACAUAAUCAAAAGUUAAAAAAGAAUAAAAUCAAGAUAUUAGUAGAAACUUGACGAAAUCAACAAAAAGUAAGAAAAAAUUCUUUGAUUAAUGAUGCUUCUAUUCAAGACAAAGACGCUCCAAUGAAAGGCCAGGAUUUCCCAGUUAUAUCACUAAAGUUAUUGAAAUAAGCAUAACAGAUCUUGUUUGUAUUUAAAAGAACAACAUAAUAGAGUGGAAUAAACAUAAAUGAAGGUUGUAACA